AACAGAUCAAUCAUAGCACUCAUAGGACUUUUUACCUUAUUUUCAUCGGAACUGUUCUAAGUUCAAUGAACUUUGUUUUUCUCUAGAAAACUCUCUAGCAUUUGUGGGAUAUUUUCCAAAAAAAUGUUUAAAAAUACUUUGAAAUUGUUCAGAAAUACUCCAAAUUUCAACAGAGUGGCCAGAAUGAGUCAGUUGGGAGAUUUAGGAAGCGGAGCUGGUAAAGGUGGCGGUGGAGGCGGAAGCAUUAGAGAAGCUGGAGGAGCUAUGGGAAAAAUGGAGGCUGCCAAAGAAGAAGAAUAUUUCUACAGAAAACAACAAGAACAGCUGAGAAAAUUCAAGGAAGCUCAAUCGAAGGGAGGUGCUUCUGGAAAGAAUCCAAAAUAGAUCCGGAAAUGUUUUAAAACUUGUUGUAGAUUUUUUUCCAAGAAAUUUCUCUAUGUGAGGUUA